UUGUUUAAUAUUGAAGUCCUCUCAUACUGGGAAAAAUGUUCGCUGGGGUUUUCAAAGCACCAAAGCACUGAAGAAAUGUUGCCCGAGGCACUAUGCAAAAAGUAAGUCAUGAGCAUAGCCACGAUUUAGACGAUCUUGUCGUUGAUUGGUCUACAACGUGCAGGGGAUCAUUCGGUGAAGCAAUGCAGGUUGCAAUUCCUACCUCGAGCCUUGCGAGUGAAAUUGGCCUGAAAUCCCAAGAUCCUCAAAAUCAAAAUGUUCUUGGUCCUGGAGAAUUUAUCGAAAUCACGCCGCUCAGAUAUCCAAGAAUGGCAAGAAAUUCCAGACUGAGCCCGUUUGCUGCUGUUUGGCCAGGGAAAGGUCCAGCAGUAGAGGACGAUUAUAAUCAGCCCGAUGUGCCAGCUCGACUUAUUUACCAGGAAUUAGACCCUCUCGAUAACUGCAUUCGUUAUGCUCUCUCAUACCACUGGGGCGAAUCAUCUCGUCAUGAUCAGAUAUUCCUUAAUGGAUACUUCCGAAAGGUCACCAAGAAUCUUGCCAUAGCAUUGCGACAAUUGUACGAUUUGCAACGAAAUUCGAAAUUGAGACGAGGAUCGUACAUAUGGAUCGAUGCCUUGUGCUUAUAAGUCGAUUGAUACCGAACAAAAC